UUUCCCGGAUGGAGCAGCGGCGCCAUCUUUACGCCUCUGUGACCGGCGGGCGGCUCUUCGGCUCGGCUCAGCAGAGCGGCGGUGCUGUUGCUCAUCCACCACCAAGACUUGCCGAGCUGCCGAUAAUCCUCCCUUUCCACCGGGUCGCUAGGACGAUCCCCACCACCUGAGCACCAUGGGAGAAAGAGAGAACUUAGUUUAUCAGGCGAAACUGGCCGAACAAGCGGAGAGAUAUGACGAAAUGGUGGAGUCGAUGAAGAAGGUGGCCAGUAUGGAUGUGGAGCUGACGGUGGAGGAGAGGAACCUGCUGUCUGUAGCGUACAAGAACGUGAUCGGAGCCAGAAGAGCCUCGUGGAGGAUAAUCAGCAGCCUCGAACAGAAGGAAGAGAACAAAGGUGGAGAGGACAAACUAAAGAUGAUCCGUGAAUACAGGAAAACGGUUGAGAAGGAGCUGAAAUCAAUCUGCAACGAUAUUCUGGACGUGCUGGACAAACACCUCAUCUUAGCUGCUACCACGGGGGAAUCCAAGGUUUUCUACUACAAAAUGAAGGGAGAUUACCACAGGUACCUGGCCGAGUUCGCCACAGGCAACGACAGGAAGGAGGCCGCUGAGAACAGUUUGGUAGCGUACAAAGCCGCGAGUGACAUCGCCAUGAUCGAACUCCCUCCAACUCACCCCAUCCGCCUGGGACUGGCCCUUAACUUCUCAGUUUUCUAUUAUGAAAUCCUCAACUCCCCGGACCGUGCUUGCAGGUUGGCGAAGGAAGCCUUUGAUAACGCCAUUGCAGAACUGGACACGCUGAGUGAGGAAAGCUAUAAGGACUCAACACUUAUCAUGCAGCUGCUACGCGACAACUUGACGCUAUGGACCUCAGACGUUCAGGGAGACGGUGAGAAAAAUGACUCUUAAGGACGGUCCUCUUCCUUCCUCCUCCUCCAUCCUAAGAGUGUGUUUUGCGAAGAACAGAACAAAGAAGCGCUGCAGGAUGCGGAGGAAGAAGCCCAGUGAGACGGAACAACCCGAGACGAGCCCUCCCUUCUCCUUUUUCCUCGUCCCAGCACUAACUCCUCAUCCCAAGUCGCUUUCUCCACUUGGGUUUCUUCUUCAUCCCAAGGUCUCUCUACCUUCUACCUACCUGUCUCACCUUUUCCUUCAUGUAUGCACGUUGUCAUUCCUGUCCUCCUGUGGGCCGCCUCGAGGCCCUCGUCUCCGAAGCCCUCAAGCCCCGACCCUUUAGAGUUUGCUUCCUCUUCUGUUUUACUUUGCUUUACUUUUGCUGAAUCGUCUGUUGCCAAGUUUGCUUGCUUGUAUUUGUAACACACAUAUGCAAAAGUUUAUUUAAAGACGGGACUUGACUUGUGUGUGUGUGUGUGUGUGUGUGUGUGUGUGUGUGUGUGUGUGUGUGCAUGUGCUCACAACCAGCAUCAUGUCCAUGCUGUCCGUUUUCAAACAUUUCAGUCAACAUGUUUAGGGUGUGAAGCAGUGAAGGCUUUUAGGAAGAACCAAGUGCCCUCUUUGCUUUCUGGUCAUCAGACUGGAUUUAAAGCAUCAUUCUUUCUUCAGAGGCACACAUUAGAAUGUCGCCGACCUCUGACCUUGUCCAUCGUCAGACCAAGUAUUGUGCUGCGAGGCUGUAGAGCUUUUGCUAAUGGCAGAUAGUUAGGUAACGGCUUUUUAAAGACUAAAACGGGUGGGUGAGAGAGGAAAUUAACACUUUGAUUGUAACGUACUGCAGUUCUGGCACUAUUUAAAAACCUGAUGGGGAAAUGGAGGCAUGCUGUAUCUUUACUCCCCCGACUCUUUCAGGUUUCAUCGUCUCAUCUCUCCUCGUUUCUUCUCCUCCUUCUGUUCGGUAUGUGUAACGUGAAUCUGAUUUGUACUACUGGAUAUUCUCACCGGAGCCACAAGUACCAUCUGUAUUCUUUCUGAAACACAGCAUGGAAAUAACAUUAAAGUUCUAAAGGAAAAUGUC